AUGGGCUGGCCCGGCAACAUGGGCUGGUCCGGCAACAUGGGCUGGCCCAGCAACAUCGGCCCCUUCCGGGGCCACAACACAGUUAGGUGCAUGACAGCGUUUCCAAGCCACGGGUUUCUGCAUUCUGAUGAUUCAUCUUCAGGGCGCGCCAGUUAUGCAACCUCUGAGCCAUGGAAGCAUCUUGUAAAAUACCGGCUCUGCCCAAGGCCUUGCUGCGGUGACUCCCCAAAGUGCGUGCGCCGGCAUCGCCCGGAGACGGACCCUCAGCAUCAGCUCCAGGGUCUGCACAGCCAGGACCAGGCUGCUGUCCCCACAGAAGGACUCAGGCACGUGGUCUGUCGAGGCUCUGUGUGUGAAGGGAACAAAGGGAGCGGUCCUGACGCUGGUUGA